AUGAAUAACAUUGCUGUGCUCAACGGCACAAACUUCAAGAAAUGGAAAGAACACAUUAUGAUUGUUCUUGGUUGCAUGGAUCUUGAUUAUGCAUUGAGAUUUGAUCACCCUGCGGACUUGAAUGAAACUAGUUCGAAUGAACAAAAGUCUGCAUACGAGAAGUGGGAGCAAUCAAAUCGCAUGAGCUUGAUGAUGAUGCAACACUCGAUUCCGGAAUCCUUAAGAGGCGGUAUAACAGAGAACACAGAUGCCAAAGGUUUCUUAAACGAAAUCGCAGACCGAUUCGCUACUAACGAAAAGGUUGAAACAAGUGAAAACGCAAGAAAGCAAAGAAGGGAUGUUAGGAGAAAAGUCUUUUAUUUCAAAUGA